CGUGUUCGCCAUAAUAAACCUGUGUGCACAGGAAAGCCGAAUUGUGAGGGGUUGUAAAGGUGCUGAGCGAGAAAAAAAAAAAAAAAAACUCAGCAAAAACAAUUUGUUUGGCAAGUGUGCGCUGACAGUUGUGAACGUCGGGGGCCUGUACGAGGGCGAGGAGAAGCCGAGUGGGGACCGCGUGAGGCUGUGCCAUGGCUUCGCCGUCUCCCAGUGUGGAUUCCAAGGCGGAGCUGUCUUCCUUGCUGGAGCAAUGGGAGAGGGAACAGCAGGGCAGCGCUGAUGAGCUGGUGUCCAUCCUGACCAAGAUCUCAGAGUUGAUUGAGCGGGAGACAGAGGAAUACCACAAGUCAGAUCCUGAUCCUUUUGAUGACCGGCAUCCAGGAAGAGCAGAUCCAGAAUGCACUCUUGGGCACCUGCUCAAAAUCCUCUUCAAGAAUGACAGCUUCACCAAUGCGCUGCUGAAUACAUAUGUGAUGACAAGCAGAGAGGUCUCCCUUAACACUGCUGCCUGCCGUCUCCUUCAGAACAUUAUGCCUGGUCUGGAGACAGCUGUUGUGUUCCAGGAGAAGGAAGGUGUGGUGGAGAAGCUGUUUGAGUGGGCACAGGGGGCUGAGCAGCCCUUGCGCAUUUAUGCCACAGGCCUGUUGGCAGGAGCUAUGGAGAAUCAGGACAUCGCUGCCAACUACAGGGAGGAGAACUCACAGCUGGUCCCCCUGAUGCUCCGGCGUUUGCGUGAGCUGCAUGACAAGGGGGCCAAGAGUUCACUGGAGUUCAAACAGCCCAGCCCCAUAAAAAUGCUUGGGGAACCCUUAGCGCCAGGUAAGGAGGUGGCAGAGGCUCUCUUGGAGGUUGUCAGCAACCCCUCGAGGAAUGGUGCGGAGGAGAGAAAGGGAGAGGAAGAACGGCAGGAGGAUGAAAGGAACAUAUCACGGGCAAGCCAGGAGGAUGAACCUCUCUUCCAGCCUAGCUCCUCCCACAAGACCGGCAGCCGUGGUCAUGCGUCAGUCAAGCCUGCUUCUGAGCCGCUUUACCAGGCAGGGCAGCCAGACAGGAGAUGGGCUGCAGGUGGCCAGGGCCAGAGCCGCAUGGAGCGUGCGAACGGCACCAAAGCCAAGCAGAAGCUGCAUUUCUUGCUCCCUGAGCCAGAGCGCAUAUUCAGCGAGCUCUCCAAUAGCAGCUGGUCAGAGAUGAGCCCCUGGGUCAUCGGGAACAACUAUCACCUGUAUCCCCUCACCCCUGCCAUCGAGCAACGCCUCAUCCUACAGUACCUCACUCCCCUGGGGGAGUACCAAGAGCUGUUGGCUGUGUUUAUGCAGAUGGGAACCCGUGAGCUCCUCAUGCACUACAUCGACCUCAAGCAGACCAACGAUGUUCAGCUCACCUUCGAGGCAUUGAAAUACCUAGCCUCUCUGCUCCUGCACAAGAAGUUUGCUGCUGAGUUUGUCGCUCAUGGCGGUGUGCAGAAGCUGCUGGAGGUCCCUCGGCCCUCCAUGGCUGCUACCGGAGUCUCCCUGUGCCUCUACUACCUGGCCUACAACCAGGAUGCUAUGGAGCGGGUGUGCAUGCUGCCACACGCCGUUCUGUCAGAUGUGGUGGGCUACACACUCUGGCUGCUUGAGUGCUCCCACGCGUCAGGCUGCUGUCACGCCACCAUGUUCUUCUCCAUCUCCUUUGCCUUCCGUGCUGUCCUUGAGCUCUUCGACCAGCGUGACGGUCUGCGGAGGAUUGUCAACCUGAUUAGCACACUGGAGAUCCUAAAUCCUGAAGACCAGGGGGCGCUGCUGAGUGACGAUGAGAUAUUCUCGAGCCGGCAGACAGCCAAGCACACCUGCAUGGCCUUGCGCAGGUAUUUUGAGGCUCAUUUGGCAAUAAAGGUGGAGCAGGUGAAGCAAUCCCUACAGCGAACAGAAGGGGGCGCCCCUGUUCACCCACAGCCCUAUUACAAGGCCUGCUCCUACACCCGCGAGCAGGUGGUGGAGAUGAUGGAGUUCCUCAUCGAAUGCGGCCCAGCAAGGUUUUGCUGGGAGCCGGUCGAGGUCUUCCACAAGCUCUCAUGUGUACAGCUCCUGCUGCAGCUCAUCUCCACCGCGUGCGACUGGAGGACCUACUACGGCAGGAGUGACACAGUACGCUAUGCCCUGGACAUUCUGGGCAUUCUCACUGUUGUACCCAAGACCCAGGUGCUCUUGGCUGAGCCUGUGGACGUGCUGGAUGAGGGUGGCUCUGUCGUCAGCACCGUGGGGAUGAGCAUCAUCCUGGGCGUGGCGGAGGGCGAGGUGUUCGUCAAUGAUGCCGAUAUCCAGAAGUCAGCUCUGCAGGUUCUGAUCAACUGUGUGUGCGGGCCUGACAGGCCUGUGCCUGCCCUUGGCAAGCUGAUGUUUACCAUGUCGUGCUACCGCGUACCUCCUCAGCCCUCUUGGGCCUUUGACAAUGUGUUACCCAAGAUGUGGAAUGUGGUACAAUCCAACAAUGGCAUCAAGGUGCUGCUGUCACUGCUCACAGUGAAGAUGCCUAUCACAGACGCAGACCAGAUCCGGGCGCUGGCCUGCAGGGCACUGGCGGGGUUGUCCCGUAGUGCAUUUGUCAGGCAGAUCAUCAGCAAACUGCCACUCUUCAGCAGCAGUCAGAUCCAGCAGCUGAUGAAGGAACCAGUGCUGCAGGACAAGCGCAGCGAGCAUGUUAAAUUCUGCAAGUUUGCUGCUGAGCUCAUCGAGAGAGUAUCGGGGAAGCCCCUGCUGAUCGGAACAGAUGUGUCCUUGGCCCGGCUGCAGCGGGCCAAUGUGGUUGCGCAGUCCCGUAUCACCUUCCCCGAGAAAGAGUUACUGCUGCUCAUCCGUAACCAUCUGGUGGCCAAAGGCCUGCACCACACAGCCUGCACACUCACCAAGGAGGCAGACCUUCCCAUGACGCACCUCUCCCACUCUUCUUCCUCCUUCCCUGCCAUUCCCGUGACCCCUACUUCUCCUGUCUCCGUGCUCCCUCGGACUCCCCGGCUAGUCAACAGCAUGGCCGUCCGCUUCGGAAGCCACAUCUCCCUUUGUCCAGCACCGGCUUCUGUCCACACCCAACUCCGCCCCUCGGCUUCCCAGCCUCCACCUACGCUACCCCCACCUCCUGCUGCUACCCCGCCCCCACAUAGCCAGGGUUCUGGAUUGAUGGGCCGCAUCCUCUUUACUCGUGAGCGACUCCUGCUCUGUGCCCCAGCCAGCAAGAGGCCCCGCCUUCUGAGGCAGAAGUCUGACCACGGUGCUUUCAGCCAGAGCCCAGCUGUAAAGAAGCAGCUGGACCGGCACCUGCCCUCGCCACCGGCACUGGACAGCAUUAUCACAGAGUACCUGCGUGAACAGCACGCCCGCUGCAAAAACCCAGUCACCACCUGUCCACCCUUCUCCCUCUUCACCCCUCACCAGUGCCCUGAGCCCAAGCAGCGGCGACAGGCACCCAUAAACUUUGCCCCUCGCCACAUGCGCCGAGUAAUCUACCCUAAGUAUGGUGGCGUGGAUGGGGGCUGCUUUGACAGGCACCUUAUUUUCAGCAGGUUCCGGCCCAUCUCCGUGUUCAGGGAGGCGGAGGAAGAUGAGAGCAGCUUUGUGUGCUGUGCUUUCUCGGCGCGUGAGCGCUUCCUCAUGCUGGGCACCUGCACGGGGCAACUCAAGCUCUACAAUAUCUUCACAGGGCAGGAAGAGGCCAGCUACAGCUGCCAUAGCUCUGCCAUCACACACCUGGAGCCCUCACGGGACGGUUCCCUGCUGCUGACGUCGUCUUCCUGGAGCUACCCGCUGUCGGCACUCUGGGGAAUGAAGUCGGUUUUCAUGAUGAAGCAUUCUUUUUUAGAGGACCACUAUGUGGAGUUCAGCAAACUUUCACAGGACAGGGUUAUUGGUACAAAGGAACAUAUUGCUCAUAUCUACGACAUCCAGACUGGCCAGAAGAUUCUCACACUGAACGACCCUGGUCUGGCAAACAACUACAAGCGGAACUGUGCCACCUUUAACCCAACAGAUGACCUGGUGCUGAAUGAUGGUGUGAUGUGGGAUGUGCGCUCUGCCCAGGCCAUACAUAAGUUUGACAAGUUCAACUUGAACAUCAGCGGUGUCUUCCACCCUAAUGGCUUAGAGGUCAUCAUCAACACAGAGAUUUGGGACUUGCGCACGUACCACCUUCUGCACACUGUACCAGCCCUGGACCAGUGCAGGAUAGUCUUCAACAACAACGGCACUGUCAUAUAUGGCGCGAUGCUACAGGCCAACGAAGAGGAUGACAUGAUGGAACAGCAGAUGAAGAGUCCUUUUGGCUCGUCCUUCAGGACCUUUGACGCCACCGAUUACAAACCCAUCGCUACUAUUGAUGUGAAAAGGAACAUUUUUGACCUCUGCACAGACACCAAGGAUUGCUACCUGGCUGUUAUUGAGAAUCAGGACUCGAUCAAUAUGGACACGGUGUGCCGACUGUACGAGGUGGGAAGACAGCGGCUGGCUGAGGAAGAGGAAGAUGACGAAGAUCAGGAGGAUGAGGACCAGGAAGAGGAUGAUGAUGAUGAUGACUCGGAUGAUGAUCUAGAUGACAUAGAAACGGACCCCUUGUUAGCAGAGCUGGAGAAUGAGAAUGGCGGCGAGGAGGAUGGAGAGCAUGACUUCUCCCUCUCCGAUGAUGAAGAGGUGGCACGAUUGUUGCAGGCAGACAAUGAGGAGGGAGAUGGAGAUGACGACGAUGACGAAGAUGACGACGAUUCUGAUGACAAUGACGAAGACGCAGAGCUUAUCCAUGACAAUACGGACAGCUCAGAUAACUCAGACUUGGAAGAUGACAUCAUCCUGUCUCUAAACGAGUGAAGAGCCAUUUGUGGUGCAACAGUCCUGGGAUUCUGUCCCAUAUCUAUCUGAAGGUAUUCACCUCCUAAGAAGGAUGGUGGAAAUUUACA